AUGGCGACCGCACCGGUAGCUACUCACACGACGAGCAAUGCGACUUUCAGGGACAAGGAGAAGCCCAUCGCCGUUCGUUCGUCCAACAUUGUCGCCGCCAGAGCCGUCGCCGAUGCCGUCAGGACGUCGCUGGGACCGCGGGGUAUGGACAAGAUGAUCAGGAGUGGAAAGGGGGAGACCAUCAUCACCAACGACGGCAGCACAAUGUUGAAAAGCAUGUCGGUCAUGCACCCUACAGCCAAGAUGCUCGUCCAGCUGUCGCACGCCCAAGAUGUUGAGGCCGGUGAUGGCACAACCUCCGUCGUCGUCCUUUGCGGUAGCUUGCUUGGUGCCGCCGACAGGCUGCUAGGCAAGGGCAUCCACCCCUCAGUCAUCUCCGAGUCCUUCCAAAGAGCCGCCGCCGCUGCGGUAGACGUCCUCCACGACAUGUCGCAACCCAUCGCCCUCACAGAUACCUCCUCCCUCCUCCAGGCCGCCAACACUUCGCUCUCCUCCAAGAUCGUGUCACAAUACUCGAACCUCCUCGGCCCCAUGGCCGUCAACGCCGUCACCAAGACGAUAGAUCUCAAGACUGCCGAGAACGUCGACCUCAAGAACAUUCGCAUAGUCAAGAAGGUCGGCGGUACGAUUGAGGAUUCCGAGCUGGUUGAUGGUCUCGUCCUUACACAGCCUGUCAUCAAGAGCGCUGGUGGCCCCGUCAGGAUGGAGAAGGCCAGGAUCGGUCUCAUUCAGUUCCAGCUCAGCCCUCCCAAGCCCGAUAUGGAAAACACCAUCUCCGUAAACGACUACCGCCAGAUGGACAAGAUCGUCAAGGAAGAGCGCACCUACCUCCUCAACAUGGUCAAGAAGAUCAAGAAAGCCAAGUGUAACGUUCUCUUCAUCCAGAAAUCCAUCCUCCGCGACGCCGUCAACGACCUGUCCCUGCACUUCCUCCAGCGCCUCGGCAUCCUCGCCGUCAAGGACAUUGAGCGCGAUGAGGUCGAGUUCAUUUGCAAGUCGACCGGCUGCAAGCCCAUCGCCGACAUCGACUCCUUCACCGAGGACAAGCUCGGCAGCGCCGACCUGGUCGAGGAAGUCAACUCCUCCGGCUCCCGCAUGGUCAAGGUAACCGGCACCAAGUCCGCUGGCAAGACCGUCUCUGUCGUCGUCCGCGGCGCCAACAGCCUCAUCCUCGACGAGGCCGAGCGCUCCCUGCACGACGCCCUCUGCGUCGUCCGCUGCCUGGUCAAGAAGAAGGCGCUUAUCGCCGGUGGCGGUGCCGCCGAGAUCGAGAUCGCCUCGCAGCUGUCCAAGCAGGCGCGCGCCCUAAGCGGCACCGAGGCCAUCUGCUGGAAGGCGUUUGCGGACGCCAUGGAGGUGAUCCCCACAACUCUGGCGGAGAACGCCGGUCUGAACAGCAUCAAGGUGGUGACGGACCUGCGCCACAGGCACGAGAACGGCGAGAAGAAUGCCGGCGUCAGCAUCAAGAGCGGCGGUGUCAACCCGAAUAUCGCCAAGGAGAACGUUCUUCAGCCCCUGUUGGUCAGCACGAGCGCGAUCCAGCUGGCGGCCGAGACGGUGAAGAUGAUUCUCAGGAUUGACGAUAUUGCUCUUAGCAGGUAG